CGGGGAACACAGGGGAAACAAGCAACACAGGGGACUCAAAGGGGCACCGGAAACACAAGUGAGACAAAAGUCACAAGGGACACAGGGGACUCAUAGGGACACAGGUCACAAGGGGACUGUAACUAAAUUUUUUAAGAUACAGCGCCCCUAUGGGGACCAGCCUUAGAGCUCAACAGGCUACCCUGUGUAAAUAAAGUUUUACUUUACUUUACUUUAAGGGGACACGGGACACUAGGGACACAAAGGGCACAAGGAGACCAAUGGGACACAAGGGAUACAAGGGAACACAAGGGACACAGGGGCUACAAGGGAACACAAAAGACACAGAGGACACAAGGGAGACAGGGGCUUUAAAGAGACACAAGGUAUAUGGGGGACACAAGGGAUACAAAGAAAAACAAGGGACACAGGGGACACAAGAGACAAAGGAAAACAAAGGACACAACAACAACAACAACAAGUUUAUUCAGUAUUACCAUUUUGUACAGGUGUUACCGAUUAAAAUAACAAUAAUAAACAGCUAAGUUUAAGGAAAUGCAGAUAUGAUGGAACGGUAGAAUUAACUAUGUUUCUUUCGUCUUUCAAAUGCUUGAAAGAUGAAAUUAGCAGCUAGCCUGCUGAUAUGUGAAUCAGUAUUGUUAAAACGAAAACAGACUUUAUCAUGGAUAUUGUAAUGUGUAAAUAAUGUAUUUCGGUCGUUGAUUUUAAUAAAAAGAGUCUUUCUCAAAUCAUUGUAUUGAUCACAGUGAAAUAAUAUGUGCGGUUCAUUUUCAACUGAAUUUUGGUUGCAAUGAUCACAGAUUCUAAGGUCUUCAGGAGUUCUGGGGAUUGUAAAUCUUCCAGUUUCUAUUUUUAAAUUAUGAUUUCCUAUCCUAAAUUUGGAAGCUACACGCCUACGUUCUGGAUUCCGGAUAUGAUUGAUGAAUUCAGAGUGAUUUGUUUCAUUUUUAAAGAUGGAGUAGAAUUUUAGUUUUUUAUUUGUUCUUAUCAAAUUUAGCUGGUGGUUUUUCAGAUGUUUUGACAAAUUAUUCUCAGCUUUGGAUAGAAAAGUAGAAGGGUUUUUAAAUUUAACUGACUGUUUAUGAAUAUUAAGAUGUGUACUCAAAAGAUUUAUUUUAUUUAUUAGACCAGAUUUAUUUUCUUCGGCCAGUUUAUCCGAUAUGUUUAAGCAGAGUUUAGCGAUGCUGUCAGGGGGUUGAUUUUCAAGGUGAAUCCAAAAUUUGAAAAUGUUCAUUGUUAUUUGUAAAUUUAGAGAUAAUCUACCAAGUUCAUUUCUGGAUGCAACAUUCGGUGAACGUUUGUUUAAACCUAAACACAUCUUACAAAAAAAUACAUGCGUUUUGCCAAUCGAGUCUUUAUCCCAGCGGCUAUAAUCACUUUUAUCAUAGAUUCCCCAAACUUCAGAGCAAUAUGUUAAAAUUGGGAAAAAUAGUGUAUUGAACAGUUUGUUGAUGAUGUGAAUUGGUAAUUUUAGAAAAUCUAGAUAACGACGAGCGGCAAAAAAGGAUCUCUUUGUUUUUUCUGUUAAGUUUUCCUUGUGAUUUGUAAAAUUUCCAUUGGCAGAAAGUUUCACUCCAAGAUAGGUAUAGUUAUUGACGAUUUCAAUGUUUUCAUUGCUAACCAUAAAAUUGUGUUUAUCUAUUGCUGAUUUUCUACUUUUCUUCUGAAAUACAAUAACUUUGGUUUUAGUUGGAUUAAUCUUAAGAAGCCAAUCCUGACAAUAUUUUGAUAGUCUGUCAAGACUUUGUUGCAAACCUUCUGCCGAGCUAGAUAUUAAAAGUAAAUCAUCGGCAUAAAGUAGACAGUUUAAGUGAGAACCAUCUGGUAGUAAGAUAGAAUCUUUAGCAUUGUUAUUUAGAAUGAAGGGUAGUUCGUUUUAGAUAAGGGGACACAACCGACACAGGGGACACAAUAGACAAAAGGGACACAGUGAACCCAAGGAGAUACAGGAGUCACAAGUUACACAGGGGACACAAGGGACACAGCAGACACAAAGGACAUAGGAGACACAGGGGCACAAGGGACACAGAGGUCACAGGGACACAGGGGAGAAAGAGACACAGGGGACACAAGGGACACAGGAAAACAAAAUGGAGGCAUGGGACUUAGGGAACACAAGGGAGACAGGGAAGACAGGAGACACAAUCAACUCAAGGGGACACAUGGGACACAAGGGGACAGCAGAUAUGCAGGGGUCACAAGGGACACGGGGGACACAAGUGACACAGGGGACUCUAAGGAGUCAGGGGACACAGGGAACAAAAGGGACACAGGGGACACUAGUGGCACAGGGGACUCUAGGGACUCAGGGGACACAGGGAACACAAGGGACACAGGGGACACAAAAGUACAAAAGGGACACAAGGAGACACAAGCAACACAAGGGACACAAAGGGACACAGGGUACACAAGGGAUACAAGCGAUACUAGGGGACACAGGGGAGACAGGAGACUCAGUGCACACAAGGGACACAGGGGACACAAGGGCUCCAUGGGACACAAGGGACACAAGGGACACAGGGACGUUAUGGGACACGGGAGACUUAUGGGACACAGGAGACACAAGGGACGCAGCCGACACAGGCGACACACGGGACACAACCGACAUAGGGGACACAGGAACACAGGGGACACACGGGUCGCAAUGGACAUAAGUUGACCCAAGGCACACACGGGACACAGAAGACACAAGGGUCACAGGGGACACAAGUAACAAAGGUGACCCAGGGGACACAGGGAACAAAGAGGACAUGUGUUACAUGGGACGUAAGUUGACCCAAGGCACACAGGGGACACAGGGGACACAAGAAACAAAGGGGAUCCAAGGGACACGAUGGACACAGGGGAGAGAAGAGACCCAAGGGACACAGGGUCACUUGGGGACACAAGGGGACACAGGAGACACA